UCCCGCCAAGUGGUGUCACUUCCUGUAAGACAACUUCCGCUAGGAAUGACAACAGCAGACAGCUGUUGUCAAGAUGGCGGAUGGCUAUGGAGGAGAGGAGGGUCCCCUGGACGCUGAAGAAGCCGGGGAUCAAAUUAAAUCAAUUUCGAGGCGUUGUAGAGGCCGUCCCAGGCUCACGGAUUCUGACCGAGCACAAAGACGCCUCGAGUCCCGCAAGAAGUAUGAUGUUAGGCGAGUUUAUCUUGGAGAAUCUCACAAGGUUUGGAGUGAGCUUCGCCGGCGAACGAGUUUGAGUGACGCUGGACUUGCCGAGUACCUAAUCCUGCUCAACUCCACGUACGGCGAGAUAUACCGGCAAAAAUACGGAGGGAAGACAACCCCAGAAGUAUGUACAAAACUGAAAAUGGGGAAAAGUGAGAGAGUGUCUAGCCUUUGUAGCAUGGUGACCUGGUACCAGGAUCACUCCCAGACCUGUCCACAUGAACCGCAGCUCAGAGCUCUGGAACCCCAACCUGGAUUCUCCACCUCUGCUAUCUGGCAGUGUGAUGCUGACCAUUCAUUUGUGCAGCACCUCUCCUCGCCACCAAGAGGGGCCAGUGAGCUUGAGAUGGAGACAGAGAUGGAGGAGGAAAUUGACAGGGACACAAGGACAGAGGAAACUGGAGGAAUCAUGACCAGGAGGAGGAGGAGAGAGACAGAUGCCCACAGACAGCUCACUGAUGCAGGAGGGGAUUUGGAAGUGGCCGGAGCCCCGGUGACUAUGGAUCAGGUGGAGCAGGCCACAGCUCUCAGCCAGCUCCCAGGGAUGGAGGCCCCAUCCAGGGACACUCCACUGAUGGAGCAUCUCUCUGAGAAUCAGUCUGUCUGGGAGAUGGAGGUGGUGAUGGAGGCAGGCAGACAGCAAGCCCAGGAGUCUGACGAGGAGGAGACAGAUUACAAUGCUGUAGGGGAGGACAUCAACCCAGAGGAAGAGGCGGAGGACCUGAGAAGAGACAGGGGAGAUGAAGGAGUGGGUACAUCACAAGAUGGCUACGAGUGUGUUGUAGUGACUGCAUCCUUAACUGACAGACUGGACAAAGCCGAUGAGGAGGACACCACACAAACAUUGGGUGACACAGUUGGUGUAGACACUCAGACCAUCCUCCAUCCAGUCCCAACUUCUAUGCAGGUGCCUGGGCAAGGGGAGCUAUUUGAUUCUCAGACACUACAGACUGUGGGGACCACCUGUGAGAUACCAGACCAGCGAGGAACUCUGGAUGGUUCUCAGCUGAUCAUCAUCACUGGCCCCAGCUAUGAGGCUUUGGCAUCCGAGGGCAUCCAGCUCAACAUGGGGGGUGGAGAUGUGGAGGAGGUCACCUGCACUGUCAUAGAGGGCGUAGCUUACAACCAAAUGUGCCAGUCAGUGGCAGACUUUAAGACAACAGAGGAAGACUCCAUCACAGGCCUCAGUGACAAGGAGCUGCUCCAGCCCAGUAUUGAGUCUCAUGGCUUGGAGCCGACCUGUGAGAGGGAGCUACAGAGGGGCCUAAGCAGAUGUAGAAGGAGCAGACGAGGUCCUGUCAUCGAGGCAGACGGAAUGCUCAAGAUGUUCCACUGUCCGUAUGAAGGCUGUAGUCAAGUCUAUGUAGCCAUCAGCAGCUUUCAGAACCAUGUGAAUCUGGUUCACAGGAAGGGGAGGACCAAGGUGUGCCCCCACCCCGGCUGUGGCAAGAAGUUCUAUCUGUCAAACCACCUGCAUCGCCACAUGAUCAUCCACUCAGGAGUCCGAGACUUCAUCUGUGAAACGUGUGGGAAAUCGUUCAAAAGGAAGAAUCACUUGGAGGUUCACCGGCGCACGCACACAGGAGAGACGCCCCUUCAGUGUGAGAUAUGUGGGUACCAGUGUCGCCAGCGAGCAUCUCUCAAUUGGCACAUGAAGAAACACACCCCCGAGGCCCACUACAACUUCACCUGCGAACACUGUGGCAAGAGGUUUGAAAAGCUUGACAGUGUUAAGUUCCACAAGUUAAAAAGCCACCCAGACAAACAGGCAACAUAAGGCGCAGUGCUGCUGGAAUGUGCACUAAAUAUCAACUGGUCAGGGUCAGACCAGAAAGGGACUGAAUCUGUCGACACAAAGAACAAGAGAAGAAGAGUGCCCAUAGAGGCAGGUAUGCCUUUUUGGGGAAAGAGCAGCUCUUUUGAAUGAACA